AUGUCAGUUCUUAACUAUACAAGAUUCAGUCAUCAGACUUUCACUCUGACUGGGAUCCCUGGAAUGCCUGAGAAGGAUUACUGGAUGGCCCUGCCACUUUUCCUCCUCUACAGUGUCACUUUGUUGGGCAAUAUCACUAUCCUUAUGGUCAUCAGACUCGAACAGAGCCUCCAUGAGCCCAUGUAUUAUUUUCUGGCCAUGUUGGCUGCCACUGACCUUAGCCUGUCCUUAUCCUCAUUACCAACUAUGCUCAGAGUUCACUGGUUUGGCCAAUACUCAGUGGCCUUUGACGCUUGCCUCACCCAGAUGUUUUUUAUCCACACUUUUGGAGGAGUAGAGUCAGGAGUUCUGGUGGCCAUGGCCUUUGACCGCUUCGUAGCUAUCCGCUUCCCUCUGCACUAUGCCAGCAUCCUUACACACAGUGUCAUAAGCAAGAUUGGAGCCGUGAUUAUGUUUAGGAGUGUGGCUGCUGUGCUCCCUGUUCCCUUUCUCAUCAAAAGGUUGCCCUUCUGCCACUCUAAUGUUCUCUCCCAUGCGUACUGUCUCCACCAGGAUGCCAUGAGACUCGCCUGUGCCGACACUCGCAUCAAUAGUCUCUAUGGUCUACUGGCUGUUAUCUUCAUCAUUGUGCUGGAUGCUCUGGUUCUUCUGUUCUCUUAUGUCCUCAUUCUCCAUGCAGUUUUGGGUAUUGCAUCCCGAGAAGAACAAUUCAAAGUACUCAAUACCUGCUUCUCCCAUGUCUGUGCCGUGUUGUUGUUCUAUAUACCUCUCAUUGGCAUGACACUUAUUCAUCGCUUUGGGAAACAUCUGUCACCCAUUGUGCAUACAUUCAUGGCAAAUGUCUAUCUGCUGCUGCCUCCUGUACUCAAUCCUAUUGUCUAUAGCAUCAGAACCAGAGAUAUCCGAAAGAGAAUUGUCCGUAUGUUGUCAAGAGCUGGUUCCUGA